CUCAAGAACCGAGGACUCCCGUGAUCCCAGCCCGCCACGCCUCUACCAACCAAUGGCAGACCCGUGGCCUGCUGCACCGCUGGUCAGUCCAAGCUCUCCCUUCCCCACCGGCCCCCCAAGCGGGGGAGCCAAGCGGGCGGAACGCGGCUCCGAGGGGGCGAGCAGGAGGAGGCCUGAGAAGCUGUUUUGAGGGACAGACGUUGAUCCCAAGAUCGAAGACUGCUUCUAGACUACAGUAGCCAUGCCCCCUAACAAGGAUGCUCCAGGCUGCCUUGGCUCACCUCCAGGUUUGAUCUGCUUGCCGCCCAUCUCUGAGGACCUGCAGUUGGUGUGGACACAGGCAGCACAAACAAGCGACCUCGAUGGCAACCAGCAUCUGCUACAAACUUUCAGCUACUUUCCAUAUCCCAGCCUUUCUGAUCUGGCCUUGCUUUGCCUGCGUCAUGGCCUGCACAUGGAGAAGGUUAAGGCCUGGUUCAUGGCACAGCGGCUACGCUGUGGCAUCAGCUGGAGCGCAGAGGAAAUUGAAGAGACCCGCGCUCGCCUCAUCUACCAUCAGGACCAGCUUCACUUUAGUUGCCUGCUUGCUGGGAAUGAUGGUGAUUCCUGGCACCAAUCCUAUAAGAGCCAAGAAUGCCACCAAACAGCGCCUGCUUCUGUGCACUACUCCAGUAAAUACCCAGAAAACCAGCAAUCUUCUAUAACUUCCUUAAACCACUACAGCAUAGCCCAAGGAACAAAGGAAUUUGAGAGAACCACUCAGGACAUUUGGAAAUUGAAGGGAAAUGUAUUGUCCCACCAUAGCAAAGCUCAGGAGAACUGUGAACCUUCAGGUACCUCUGUGCAUCCUCACCAUACCAAAGAGACCAUUUCUGGUGGUUACCGACCUGGUGCAACCACCAGCCUGGAUUAUAAAAUCCAGAACUCUCACACAACAGCCUGGAGCCUCCCCAAGGCCUUCCCACAGCCAAAUGAACUCAUGUCUGCAGUAAAUGGUGGCCUUCACCAAGUGGUUCUUCCAGUAGGCUCUUCUCUCAAAGCUACCCCAUCCUCCUCUACAGCAACAACCAGGCUUGAGUCAUGUAACCUCCAGAACUAUCAAUACCUUACAGGUGACCAGCAGCAGGCUUCAGGUUAUUUAUCGGACACUCUGCGCAAACCUAGGCGAAAGACAAAGGAACAGCUGGAUGUGUUGAAGUCCUUUUUUCUUCGCUGCCAAUGGGCCAGGAGAGAGGAUUAUCAUCUGCUGGAGAAGAUCACUGGACUACCACGGGCAGAGAUCAUCCAAUGGUUUGGAGACACUCGCUAUGCCCUCAAGCAUGGUCAAUUGAAAUGGUUUCGGGACAAUGCAGGGCAAAGUCCAGAGUCUGCCUCCUCAAUACCUCCUCAUCCACUCCUUAAUAGCCAUCCAGAUACAAGCCCACUGGAGCGCCAUUGGGCAACCCAUCUGCAGUUGCAGGAGAGUGACUUGCCAACACUCUGUCAUGAGUCGGGUAUGGAAGCUGAACAGGUGUUGAAGUGGUUCCGUUCACAUUCACCAGCUCCAUGUGAGGUAGAAGUAUGCUUGGGAGAUGAGGAUGAGGUAGAUGAGGAGGUGGCAGCAGCUAUGAUAAAAGUGGAAGAUGAAGACUAUGAGGAAGAAGAUGAUGAUGGUGAUGAUGAUGAUGACAGUGAUGAUGAAGACUGGACAGCGUAGACUCUUGUGUGGAUGAUAGAAAUUCUGGGCUUUUGGGAUGGAAUUGAGGGAAGGAUCAAGGAGGCAAAAAAAAUAUAUGUAAAGAUGUUGGGAGCAAGAUCCCUGCUCCAUCAAAUUCCUGCCAUUGUCCAUGAUCCCAAAUGGGUUCCUCUAUGUUCUAAAAUAGUUUUAUUUUUCCUUUAAGCUCUAGACUGAUUAGAUUCACAUGAUCAAAACAGCCAACCAUGGGUUAUGCAAGCCUUUUUUAACUCUCGCAGAACCCCCGCUACCCAGGUUCUCACGACAUGAAAAGCUAUGGCGAGGUGUUGAAUAUUCAAAAUGGGCGCCCACAGGCCACCCAUGGUGGGCUGUUCAAUCAUGUGAACUAGCCCAAUGUAAGUAAAACCAUUUGCCCUGUCCUUCCCAUUCAAUGAUUAUGUCUUUAAUCAUAGUUAAAAGGUUGAUGGAAAUGGAAUUUCCAAUACCCCUUUCAAGCUUCUGAGUCCAUUGUAUGUGCCCCUUCAGUAGUGGGUUCAAUCUGGAAAGGUCUCUUAUCUAACUUUCAAGUUGCUGCCUGUUCAUUGCACUAACAGAUUCCAGUUUGGUUUCCUUUUCUAAAAUCUUGCUGAUUUCCUCCCCUGGCUAUCCUUGAAUUCUAAAGCUUGUAUCUUUCCUAAUUAUAAUAAGGUCAGAACUCAGACCCAGAGAUACAUGAGGUAAGAGAGAACUGUCUUGAUUCAGCUUUGACUCACUAUGUCCAACUAAUUCUUUUACAUAUGCUUCUAGUUUAGAAUUUGGAUAGUUCCUCUUAUUACCAUUGCAUGUUCUUGGACUCGGGUCUUUCCAGGCACUUCUAUGACUUUCUGUGUUUUCACUCCUAGAGCAAUGCCUUUUUCAUAUUCCAUCCUAGCCAUAUGUAACAUCCAGCUACGCUAAGCCCAUGUAUCAAGUAUAUCCUGUUCUGCUGAGUGAAGCAGCAGCGAAGGGAAUAAGAUUUACUUGUCAAUGGAGAAUUGUGUUGGGCCCCUUACACAUCAAAGAAAUGGAGGAGAAAAACUAAGUCGUUCCAUGCAUUAGCUCUAAUUGCUCCCGCCUUGGUUUUCCUUCUGUUGAUUAUGGGCUUCUAUUUCUAUGAUGUUUCUAUGAUAAAAUGCAGCCCUUCCCAAAUGGCAGAUAUGUUUGAUUCUUGGUAGGUGCUGAACAGAAUGGGGAUUAAGAUGGAUCUUUUGUGGCCUCAUCUUCAUCUUUUGUCUUCCACUUUAAUCCUUUUCUUGCAUCUUUUUUGCCUUUCAUUCUUUGUAGGUCUUCUAACUUUUCUUCUAUACUUGAUGGUCUUUCUUUCCAUGUGUCUGUCAUACCACUUUUCUUUAUUCCUGUGCUUGCUCUUUCUCCCUCCAUCAGUGCAUUGAUUUAUCAGCUUUCCCUGCCAUGCCUUUUUUACCCUACCCCUUGUCUUUCUUCAUUCCACACUGGUUGGCUGAUGCUAUGAACUGAGAACCACUUCCCACUUAAGUCUUAGAUAGGCAGUGGAAAAGUUGCAGAAAUAGGGGAAACAUUAUUGAUUGCUUGGCUCUUGGCUCCCUCCACCAAGUUCUUCAAUGUGGUCAUGUUUGUUGUCUCCCUGGAUAUCUAGGGGAGGAUAAGCUGCUGUCAACUCUUAACUAGCCCUUGGUCUUUUAUAAGAGAGGAUGGUGAAGACAGAUUGUGGGAUUUAUGGUGGUAUGAGUAGGUAGGAAACUGUACAAAGGGAUAACCUGAAUUUAAAAAAAACUAUUUAUUAAAUCAUUUUUUCAAGAUAUUUUACAGAAUCUCUAAAAAAAACAAAAAACACCCAAAACCCACCCUUUCUGGCAAGAGAAACUGAAAAACACUGUAAUAAGCUAAUCAACUGCACACCGAGAAGAUAGUGCAUGGACAGCACAAGUCUGUGUGCUACAGUUCCAAGACCACAACUUGUUCAAAAUCUAUCAAAAGAGAUGAAUAAAAUAGACUAACAUGUGGACUGAUUACUU